AUAAUUUUAGUUGGGGUUUUUUUUGGUAAGAUAAUUUAAUUAGGGUUUUCAUUGUUGGGUUUUGCCCAGAAUCAGAAAGAGCAACUACAGUACUCAAAUAUUUUCUCAGAGGGGCAUCAGAACAGAGAUUCAUUUUUCCCCCAACCAGACAUGCCUUUAGCAUGUUCCCGAGGGGCAUCAGAACGCAGAUUCAUUCCCGCCAACAGCUCGGUGGCAGUUCCGCAAAUACCCCAAAUCUUGAACCAAGAAGCCACCCAUCAUAUAAACCCUCCCGCAGAAAUCACGAACCGCUCUCCUCCGUCCUUUCUCCCACUUAUCAAUGGCUUCGCCAAGCCCUCUUCUUCUCCCUCUGGCCACCGUUCUCCUCCUUUUCUUGCUCUCUCUCCAGCCGACGAACUCGAUCUCCGAUCCAGAGCUGGACGCCGCCAUCUCCGCCCUCCGGUCGCGUGGCUACAACCUCUUCGGCAAUGCCAUCACCACCUCCGACCUCCGCUUCGACCUCCUGCGCCCCAACUCCUCCUACACCCUCUUCGCACCCACCGAUUCCACCCUCUUUGCCCUUGACAUGGCCUCCUCUGCCGCCGCCUACGUUCGCGCCCUCCGCCACCACAUCGCCCUCCGCCGCCUCCCCCUCCCCGCGCUCCGCGCCCUUCCCCCGGGCUCUCACCUCCCAACCCUCGCUCCUCGCGGCAAUAUCGCCAUAUCCCGCCGCCGCCAGUCCCCAAAUGCGUACUUCAUCACUGCAGACGGCGUCGACGUCGUCCUCCCCGGUAUCUUCUACGGCCAGGACGUCGCCGUACACGGCCUCGCCGGAAUUCUCCCGCGCCACUGCCACGAGGUCUCCGGCCGCCCAGUUCCUCCAUCAAGAUCGUCAGAUCCCCAUCUCCCUCCAUGCCUAUCCGCCGAUACAACGAAUCAGUGGUCCCCGGCGCCGUCUCCGACCGCUGGUAUCUCCCCAGUGGUGCCGGAGACGCAAACUCCGGCUCCAACGCCAGAUGCUCAUCUCCCUCCAUACCUAUCCGCCGAUCCACCGGAUAAAUGGCCCCCGGAGCCGUCUCCGACCGCUGAUCUCUCCCCGAUGGUGCCAGAGACGCAAACUCCGACUCCAACUCCCGGAUCGAGAUCCACGUUUUCGGUGGCGGUUCCCCCGUCCUAUAUUGACGGAGUACAGCCCCCGAUGGAACCUGGAGUCGCUCCGGACGUGCCCAGCGGAAUAUCUCCGGCGAUCGGGGUUCCAAUUGCCACCGAGGUCGUGUCUCCUGCAGCGAAUCCACCGGAACGUAUUCCUGCAGUGAAUCCACCGGAACGUAUGCCGAUGAAUUCUCCUGCGGCCAGUCCUACAGAGAUCGUGUCACCUGCAGGGAAUCCGCUUGAAGGGAUCCCGGUGAGUUCUCCGGGCGCGAGUCCGAUGGCGACGGGUUUUUCCUGGAACGGCGGAGUUCGGUUGAGCUCCAGUAUCGCCGAAUGCGGCGAGGCGGUCGUGGGAGAGGAGGGUUGCGGCCUCGUCGCUGGACACCGUGACGUUGACCGUCCGCGUCCGCGUCCGCAUGCCAGCGAUGAUGCCCUUUGAUCUAAAAUCGAUCAUGACUGCGGCCCUGCCGAUCUUCCUAAAAUCGAUCAAACCUUGUGUAAGCCCGGAUUUGGUUCGAUUUCGUAGGAAUUCUAGGGUACAAUGUCAAUUUCGCCCUUCACAGUAGCCGGAAAACCGGUCUUCUAUGGUUCUUCCUUCUUGGUCAUGAUUUGGAAGCAUUUCCUUCUUCUUCUGGCAGACUUAUAUUUGGAUAGGAGGCUUUGUUUUUGUUUUGGUUUUUAUUUUUUCUGAAAAAAUGGAAAAAGAAACAAGCUGCGAGCUGGAUGACAGAGAGAAGGAGGAUUAAUAGAUGGCAAGGGGGAUCAUAUUUAAAUCAUUGAGGCCAUGAUAACAAUAGACAUCAAAACAUGAUGGAAGUAGACCCAGCAAUAGUGGAAACGGAAUAUGGCGUGGAGUAGUCUGUGCGUGGGAGCACG